AUGGCCCAAGAACAUGAUCUGCGGUUGACAAACGGCUCGACCAGCAUGGAAGGACGACUGGAAAUCUUCUUCCAGGGCGAAUGGGGAACAGUCUGCGGUGAAGAUUCUUUAAAGAUAGAGGAAGCGUCUGUGGUGUGCCGUCAGCUUGGCUUCAUCUAUGCAGUGGAAGUCAAGUCCUUUGGGCCUGGUUCAGGAGCGAUAGUCAUUGAUGACUUGAAUUGUAAUGGCAAUGAGGCCAGCAUACUGGACUGUUAUCAUGAUAAGCUGGGCAAGUCCAAUUGUGGGCAUGGUUACGACGUUGGGCUCGUCUGCAGCAAUGUUCUUACUACAGAGGUACCAAUAACUUAUGCUCCUGAUGUUGAAGCAAUUCUAAACAAUGGCAAAUUCCGACUGGUCGAUGGACCUGAUCCCUACCAAGGCCGUGUGGAGGUAUUCCUCUACAAUGCCCGAGCUUGGAUGCCUAUCUGCAACGUGGACUGGGACUUCACCAGAGCUUUGUUUGUUUGUAAGAAGCUGGGCUUCCGACCCGCUACAUUAGCUGGGACAGGCAGCUACGGGGCCGGGGCUGGACAGAUAGCCAACUGCUCGGCUGCAGCAUUCAAUUAUCGUGGUUCAGUUGAUUCGAAUUGGGACAGCUGUCAAAUAGUCAAUGCAAGUGAUGCAGUUGGUGAAUGCUCUCACGACAUGGCAGUAGACGUGAUCUGCAGUGGUACAGAGCCAGGCAUACAGGACUAUAUCCGGUUCGUUGGUGGAUCUCAACAAUCUGAAGGUCGUGUGGAAAUCUACAACGACAACGUGUGGAAGGGGCUGUGUUCAGACGACUGGACCAUGGCAGAGGCCCAGGUUUCCUGUCGGCAACAAGGCUUGCCACCUCCCCCAGAGGUGGUCCCUGGUGGGACGUUUGGAAGCAGCAAGGCCGGCGAUAUCCUGCAGGUUUCGCUGGACUGUACCGGGCAGGAGUUUAGUCUGGCAACGUGCCCUCAGAUGGCGAGACAGACACCCUGCGCUAGUGGUGAUGCUGCAGUUCGGUGUGGUGAACCAAUUGAAGCUCAGGAAUUUGAUUUGCGGCUGGUUAAUGGCGAAACCUUUGCAGAAAAUCGAGUGGAAAUACUUCACCAAGGCGAGUGGGGAACCAUUUGCCAUACGAUCUUUGACGGCAAGAACAAGGCAUCGGUAGCAUGCCAUCAACUGGGAUUCCUGUAUGCAGAGGUGGCAACGAAGUCCUUCGGGCCACAAACGGAGAACAUUGUCUUAACCAAGGUGAUCUGUAAUGGCAACGAAGAGCGGCUUGUUGACUGUUACCAUGACGAACUUGGAACAUCCACCUGUAGCUACGGUCAAGAUUUGGGAGUUGUCUGCUCGAACGUUGAAUCGCCAACACCAACUCCUAAUCCCACACCAGAUGAUGGCGAAUUGCGACUUGUUGGCGGUCCGGACCCGUACCAAGGUCGCGUGGAGGUCUACAUCGCCGAAGAGGGAAAGUGGGCCACAAUCUGCGGAGAAGUCUGGGACUUAACCAGAGCCAACACCAUCUGUCACUGGCUAGAGUAUCGUCCUCCUACAUCGUUUGGCACAGGGCUUAAUGGUGGGGCGAUGGGUGAAAUUGCAAACUGCCCAUUACGUUACGACUUAUUUAUCCCAACUUAUUGUGAAUUGACAAAUACCUGCACUCAUGACAUGGAUGCGUACGUGGUCUGUGAUGCCAAAGAAGCAGGUAUCGAGGGCCAGCCUAGACUUGUCAAUGGCUCUGAGCGCACCGAAGGACGUGUUGAAAUCUAUGACCAGAACGCCUGGAGGACCUUAUGUGCCGAUGAUCUGACACUCAUUGGGCAGCAGAUCGUGUGCCGCCAGCUAAGCUUACCCUUCCCCUCUGUGGAGACCACGGGGGGACUGUUUGGUGAGAGUCCAAGCUAUGAGAUGGUGGAAGAUGUCAUCAACUGUGUAUCAAGAGAGACCAUAGCUAUUUCGUUGUGCGAUCGGACGCCCAGACAAACCCCUUGCAUUGGUGGCGCCGCUGCAGUUCAGUGUGGUAUUUGGAAUAACGCGACUGAAGGAGACCUGCGACUCAGUGGUGGUGAUGAUGCCACGCAGGGACGCGUCGAGAUUUACCACAGUGACCAGUGGGGCACAAUCUGCGCUGAUCACUGGGAUGCUAAUGAUGCUGAGGUCGUUUGCCACCAUUUGGGCUUCCGGAACCAAGUUUAUUUCUAUAAUUCUGCAGCUUCCCGGGCUGGAGGCACGCCAGUGUGGCUGAAGGACUUGAUGUGCCAGGGGAAAGAGGAACGUAUCUCGGAAUGUCGUGCGAUGCUUGGGGAACCAGUUGAUUGCACUUUGAGUUCCCUGGCUGGUGUCCGGUGUGUGAAUUCCCCUUUUACCAACUAUUAUGAAGCACGCCUCGUUGGACCAUACCCUAACCAGGGCCGUUUGGAACUACUGUACGAAGGUGCUUGGUGGACUGUCUGUGAUAAUGACUGGGACACAAAGGAUGCAGAAGUAGUGUGUAGGCAGCUGGGCUUUGCCUCAGCUGUGGUGGCUUUGGUUGGCUAUGAAACGGCUAGUACGUAUGGGUCAGGAGAGGGAGGGAUCCUCUUGUACAAGUUGGGCUGCAACGGCACAGAGGAGAGCAUCAUCAAAUGUCCACUGUCAUACCCAUUUGCUGGUUCAUGUCGACACAGAGAAGAUGUCGGUGUUGUCUGCUUCAGCGAGGACUACCCAAGUGAUGACCCACGGCUAAAGCCUGAGGAUACUGGUUUAUCAAGCGAGCAGAUCCGUAAUAUUGUCCUUGGUUGCCUGUUGGGUGCCUCAGUGUUUUUCACAGUCUUGGGAGCUAUCUUGAAAGCCAAUAAAAAAAGAUCACCAGAGGGUGCAGAUGCAUUUACCAGCCCAGCAGCGGGAUCGGACACCGGAGAUGUAGCCCUCACAGGUGUUGGCCAAAAUGAGGAUGCCCCAAUGUCAUAUGAGAACGCUAUCAAUGAACCAGGCAAGGUUGAUCCAGCGAUGGGUACGGAGUCAACAGCAGAACCUUCUGCCCUACCACCUAGAUACGAGACCCUGGAUGGAGCAGAUGGGAAUGCAGCUAACUGUUAGACAGUUGUGUCUUAACAACCACCCAUCUCAGACCAAGAGAUUUCCCCUGACAGUUGACCCAAGUGGUAAAUAUAGCUUUCGUAGAUUGGUAACGGACAAAUAUCAAAUACUGUAGCAAAAACAUAAUCAGUCUCUCUCUAGAGGAGUAGAGGGAUAUAAAUUUGGUAACGCACGUUACAGUAACUCGUGUUACAGUUUGUCUGCCCACCUUUGGUACAAGUUAAAAUAAGCUAACAAUCAAACAAAAUACUCAUUUCGCAUAAAAUGUGAACCUUUCAGUCUGCCUUUAAAGUAAAAACUUGCAGUAACACUUGCAUUGUGCAUGUAAAAAACAAUGUGCCAAAACGACUGCCUAAAAUCUAUAAUUGUAGCCAAAACAAGUAAUUUUUGUACAAAAAAGUAACUAUUUUAUCUCAGUGCCACAUCACUCAAAUGAAAGGUCUUGUUGCCUUUUAUUUUCACACCACAUUUGAAGUUGUGAUGCUUUCAGUUUUGAAGAUUUAAUAACUUCCAUUAAUUUUUUCAGCCUUUUUCACAUUCUCGUGGAGUUGUCCAUUGCUAGAAGGAAGAGCAAUGUAGAAAGAAAAAAAAAUCUAUGUUACAGGGUGAAACUCGUAUACGCAAAGCAGAUAGUUGAAUUUAUACUUAUCUGCGUAUCUAGUUUUUCUGCCCAUGAGGCAGUUUUGCUUU